AUGUCAGAAAUCAACAGUGAUAAUAGAUUAUUCAAACAAGAAAACUACACAACCAAAAAGUUUGCUUUAAAUUCGUAUCAAUCAAUCUAUGAUAGAUCACUCUAUCUUUACAGUAAAAACAAAAUACAAAUAUUUUUAUCUGAUGACAGACCAGGUGUUAAACCACAACAUAAUUAUGAAAUAAAUAACAGAGAUAUCGAUGAAAUUAAAAGAGUACUACCAAAUGUUUAUAAAAUAGUGAUUGCCAAUUCGAUUAAAAGCGACGAUGAGCUCUAUCAAUUGAUCGGUGAUUCCAAUGUGACAAAGAUAGAAGGUUGGAAUUCAGCAACACACAGACUUCCUCAGAGUCUGGUGUCUCUGUCUUUUAGUUUCUAUUUCAAUGAGCCAUUAGCAAGAGGCUAUUUGCCAGCGGGCUUAAAGAAGAUCGAUUUCAACGAUUCAUUCAAUCAGCGAUUGUCACCUGAUAUUCUUCCUCCAGGUUUGAAAUCAGUACGUUUCGGAGAUGAUUUCCAAGAGGACAUGGAUCCUGGUUUGUUUCCAGAGAGUGUAGAAAAACUUAACCUAUCUUUUUAUAAGAAACAAUUGAAACCAGGAGUACUCCCGCCAAAUCUCAAGGUACUUGACACAUCCAGUUACUUUACCGUCGAUGGACAACCGAUCGCCAUUGAGAGAGAAACUCUACCGAAUUCAUUACACACCAUAAAGUAUCUAUCGUCUACGUGGAUACCGGUGAUUAGAUCGCUUCCCAAUAUUCAAACUCUGAUUUUCGUUGAUGUCACCAAUGAAAAUGUCAACUUCGAACUUGACCAACUGCCACCAACUGUGACCAAUAUCAGUAUCGAUUCAGUCUACACAGUCUCUGGAGCAUUGCCCACCUCUGUUAAGCAUCUCUUUAUUAAAGACUGUGAAUAUUCAUUCGAUGAUAUAUUCCCAGUGUCCACCAGACAUCUUUAUGACCUCGAAAGGCUGGGAAUCUCUCAACAGGAAUCACAAUUGCUCCCAGUCAAUCUAAAAGUUAGGAUAUUAAAGAUAUUCAAUGUCUUUGAUUUAACUAAAGAUGCCAUUCCAUUUGGAGUGGAAACAGUGGAUUUCAGAAAUAGUGUAAUCACCGAUGACACUACCACACCACUCCCAAGCUCAAUCAAGACAUUGAAAGCAACGCAUCAGUCAAUUCUAGGACAGAUUAAAACCAUACCCGAUUCAGUUGAAACUUUAAAGAUUAGAUUUAUGGAUGGAAAUCCGUUUCCUGAUGUUAUCAAAGACAAUGUCAGAUCUCUUGCAACAUUCAAAAUCACAACUUGUAUUGCCUUACCAAAAUCGAUAACCAACAUCUUUUCAAUACAGAGUAAACUAGCUUUUGGAUGUCAGAUCAGAAAGUUGGACAAAGAUAUGUACAUAAUUUUUGGUGAAGCAUAUCAAAAAAGAUUUGUGGCCAGCUUUUUCCAUGAGGAAGACUUUCUUGGUGAAAUAUUGGUGUUACUUUUUGAAUUAAAAUCGCCCAAUAGCAGGGUAGUCUUCUUUGUGACAUGCACAAGUUUUGAAUGGGAAUCAAAGAAUUUUGAAAUUAAAUUUUUAAUUGGUUUUGAGGGAUUUGAAGUUGCACCAUUUUAA